GAAACUGUGGUACGUGCUGAGGGAGACGAUGAUCCUUACUUCCGCCAGCCCCAGGCCGAUACUGCGACUGCGGAAAGUGCGGUACUUGAUCAUGUCACAGAGAACGAUAUCUAUGGCAAUGUUGACACCUUCCGCCAAGUGGCUGCCACUUCUACUAUGUCGGGUGUGGGCGACAUACCUACCGAGGGUGUCCUGCUGAAAGCGGAGGAUAUACCUGCUGGGUGUGGCGGUAACCAUGGUGAUAGCGGUAACCAUGGUGACAGUGACCUGUACGGUAAUGCUAGUAUAUUCCUACAAGCUAUACCACCUACUACUUCCGGUGUAGCUGACAUACCUACGGAGUGUGGCGCAGACCCCUAUACCAAUGUGGACACACUGCCACUCGUUCCGUCUGGGGAAAGUGCGGUACUUAGUGACGGCCGUACCGAACUGCCGAUGAGCACUGCAGGCGUGUCUGUGGUAGAGCCGUCUAUGGAGACUACACAUACACACAGUGAUCACAUACCACCAGUCCCUGGUAGUAGCUGUGGGGACGAGGAGAGGGGUGUGGGUAAUGGCAUGAACGGCAGAGGUACGGCUGGGUGUGGUGCAGAGGCUGCCUACACUAACGCUGCGUCGCUCAGAUCCCUUGGGAAGACACCUGCGGACAGGACUAUUGGGACACCCUGGGACACGGCCGUUUGUGUGUAUGAGGCCCAGUUUGACUUCCACAAGGCGUUGCUAUCUGUUCCCGUUCCCUUAUCACAUAGCGUGGGUGAGGGUUUAAACCCUGGCGAUAGACAGGCGAGUGCUGAUGAAGCUUGCGAUACCACUGGUCGGAGUGCUUCUCUGGGCUGUCCCGUUAUCGAGUCCGAGGGUAAAGCGGUAGAGGAACCCAAGACACCUAUCGGGGCCUGGUUUGGCGCAGGGCGUGUAGUCGUUUCCAUGGCAACCAUAGACACUGAGAAAACUGACACAGACAAGGCCUCGGGCACACCAGCCAUAGACACAAGCAGCAAGGAUGUCAAGACCAUCAUCGCCACCAUCAAUCGAUACAGUAGCAUGGACGUACUCCAAUCGCUGCCUGUGCCAAUGCCUGGUAGCGGUACAAACAGCCCGCGCAGCGGUAGCCGGGUUGGUAGCUAUACGAGGUUGGAUGUGCCUACGGUGUGCCUACCUACGAAAGGCGUACCGGUGACGGAUUUACCGUCUGGCUCAGCUGGUAGUGCAGGUCUUAAUAACAGCACUGUAGUCGGCUGUGUGGGCAAAGGCGAAGGAUCUGCCAUGGGUAUGUGCAAGGACGCUCAAGCAGGAACUGUUACUAGCGUAUGUGAGGAAGACACGGCCGAAAACAAGGCCGCUGUGGGUAUCACCACAGACUCUGCAGCCCAAGACGUGGCUAAGUGCUCUGCCACCCGACACACAACGAGCACCGUCCACCCUACUCAGAUCAUCACAAUGGUCAAUGCACAUACGGAUAUUAGCAACACCACUAACAUUGUCCACACCACAUCUGUGAGCCCUACCCACGCACAACACACCGCCAAGAACAUCACAUCGACGGACACGACCAAUACAAACAGUGGCAGAACCUUUGCCGAUACCCGACCCCUUGGCAAGGAUAUCCACGCCACCAAAACCGCCCGGAAGGAUUAUCCCACAGACGCGCUGUCUGUUGGGACUGAUGGUAACCAUGGCAACCUCGAGCCGGUUGGACUCGCGCAUACCACAGAACCUUCUCCUUCUUCUUCGAUCUUGCUUGGGAAUCCCAGGGUGAAGAAGGACAACGUGAAUGUGUGUGCGGUGUCACACACAUCUGCAGUACACACACCGCCAGUACCCAGCAUGUUGCCACGGUCGAUUCCGGCCUUGCCGCCCACCGUGACUAUAAAUAGUCACCAAUCAGAACCCGGCAGCCCGAGCAACAUCCACAUCAUGCCCUUCCCGUCCCUGUGCACUCUGCCUAUGGCCACAGUCACUCUACCACCCACACCCAGAUUACCAGCCCAGACACCAUCGAGUACAAACAGAAAAAGCAGCACCAACAACCCCCUCAAUACUAUCAAGGCCAUGGGGGGUAUGAAGAGUCUUCACAAAUCCAGCAUGCGUCCCAAGAGCACAACUAUGACUCUGCCCACGGCACCCCCUGCGCUCAAGUCGUCUGAGGAUGUGAUGGCCGGUAUUGCGG